UUGCCUUGUCACCACAACAGGGAAGUAGGCAGCACUUACAAACUCCCGCAUCGCCGAGGCUCGGCUGUCGUCGCAGGGAGUUUGCAGAGCACACCCUGCGUCCCGUCCGUGGGGUUCCGUUCAGGAAUUAACAGCCAGGUUAUCGCCUCCUUAACCAGCCUAGCGCCGACGUCGCCGCCAGGAGAAAGCAGCUGAUCAAGAACCGCCUUCAGACUCCAGAACGAGGAGCACAGCAGCAGACGAGAAAAUGAGCCUUCCUCUGUCCCGUUCGGAGGUGUUUGGGGAGCUGCGCCAGGAGCUCUACGACGAUGUAGAGUUCCAUCAGUCCGACGUGCACAUCUUCAUCAUCAUGGGCGCGUCGGGGGAUCUGGCAAAGAAAAAGAUCUACCCAACUUUGUGGUGGUUGUUCAAAGAUGGCCUCCUUCCUGAGCGGACGUAUUUUGUAGGCUUCGCUCGCUCCGACCUCACAGUCGACGCCAUCAAGACUGCUUGCAUGCCGCACAUGAAGGUGACGGAGACGGAAGUGGAGCGGUUGGCGGCCUUCUUUGCCAGAAACUCUUACAUCAGCGGGAAAUACGGAGACGACGCCUCCUUCUCCAAACUCAACGAGCACAUGGAGUCUCUGCCGGGGGGGCCUGAGGCUAACCGUCUCUUUUACCUGGCCCUGCCGCCGACCGUCUACCACGAUGUCACCAAGAACAUCAGGCUUCGAUGCAUGAGCACAAAGGGCUGGACCAGAGUGAUUGUUGAGAAGCCGUUUGGACACGACCUUCAGAGCUCAGAGGAGCUGUCCACACACCUCUCCUCUCUCUUCACCGAGGACCAGAUCUACCGUAUCGAUCACUAUCUGGGCAAAGAGAUGGUGCAGAACCUCAUGGUCCUCAGGUUUGGGAACCGAAUCUUUGGGCCCAUCUGGAACAGAGACAGCGUUGCCUGUGUUGUGCUCACCUUUAAAGAACCCUUCGGCACUCAGGGACGAGGAGGAUACUUUGAUGAUUUUGGCAUCAUUCGAGACGUGAUGCAGAACCACCUGCUGCAGAUGCUCUGCCUGGUGGCCAUGGAGAAGCCAGCUUCCACCAGCUCUGACGACGUCAGGGAUGAAAAGGUGAAGGUGCUGAAGUGUAUUGCUCCAGUGACCAUGUCCGAUGUGGUGCUGGGCCAGUACGUGGGGAAUCCUGAGGGGGAAGGAGAAGCUAAGCUGGGUUACCUUGAUGAUCCGACUGUACCCAAAGGAUCGACUCAGGCAACCUUUGCCACCGCCGUGCUCUAUGUGCACAACGAACGCUGGGAUGGUGUCCCUUUCAUCCUGCGCUGCGGUAAAGCUCUGAAUGAGAGGAAAGCCGAGGUGCGGCUGCAGUUCACGGAUGUGCCGGGAGACAUUUUUGAGACCAAGUGUCAGAGGAACGAGCUGGUUGUUCGGGUGCAGCCCAACGAGGCCAUCUACGCCAAGAUGAUGAGCAAGAAACCCGGAGUUUACUUCAGCCCUGAAGAAACAGAGCUGGACCUCACCUACAAGAGUAGAUACAAGGAUGUGAAGCUCCCAGAUGCUUAUGAACGACUCAUCCUGGAUGUGUUCUGCGGUAGCCAAAUGCAUUUUGUACGCAGUGAUGAACUGAGAGAAGCUUGGAGGAUCUUCACACCUCUUCUUCAUCAGAUAGACAAAGAGAAGCCAAAGCCUAUUCCUUAUAAAUAUGGAAGUCGUGGGCCCUCAGAAGCAGAUGACCUGGUUCAGAAAGUUGGAUUUCGUUAUGAAGGCACUUACAAAUGGGUCAACCCUCACAAACUCUGAAUAGUAAUGAGAUGCGGGCUUAGGGAGGAGUAGACGUAAAGGAGUAGGAGGGGUGCUGCAGAAAAAAGCGAGCCAUCCCGGCAGGGAAGAGUCUCAGAGGGACGCGAGCAAGAAACAAAUUGAAAACCAUUUCUCAGGUAUCGUUAUUAUUCCGAGGAGCUUUCAGAAACACCCGCAUGAGGAUUAUGAGUUAAUAUUAGGUGCCACAGCUGCGCUGGUUGGUACUUUUUAUACACACAGAACAAUUUAGUCUUAUUUUAUGGCGAGACAAAGUUCCUUUUUUAGAUAAGAGCAAUGAAAGCUGAAUUAGUUACAUUUCCCCGUCUGUUAGAAUUAAGACUGAAAAGUAAAAGGAACGGGAUGGUCACAAGAGCCGAGGAACGGCGUGCACACCAGCUGUUAGUCUUAUACUCUCUAUAAAUGCUAUUAUGCUUGCACUGCAAAGAUAGUGACAUACAUAGGAUUGUUGUUUUAUUUUGCUUUUCCUGUCUGGGAUAAAUGCUUUAAGUUAGCAGGAGUCUUAACUUUUGUCCAGGACAAGGAAUACCAGCGGAGGCUUUAUUGGGCCAACUCAGAGCUUCAUUCCAUUUUGUGUUUACAUUUUUGAUUUUUUAACCUUUAUUGAUUCCAUAUUUUAACAUAUCCAGGCAGCAGGUGCGUUGGCUACAAAUCAGCUGAAUGUCAGACUGAACGCUGCUGCUGCUGCUCACUUUAUGUAAAGGUAGCUACACUUCCAUUACGUUCAAUAAACUAGUUUUGCUUCUA